UGCAUUACAAAAAAUGGGUUCCAAAGAAAUCCAAUUUGCCAGUGAUUACCUGAUACUGAAGCCGGAGGAAGCAACUCUGCUGGAUCUGUUUCUCUUCGUACUUCCUUUUGGUUUCAAAAAUCUGAGGAAGUUGGUGGAUUGUCCCCCCGAAAAAGAAGAGUCUUACAACUCCUUUGGAAACCGAUGGAUUAUCUUCUUCUCCAUUUUGUGGCAGAAAAUCCUUCUCGCAUUCUUAAAUCAGCACAAAGAAAAGCCAAAAACUGAGGAUCCACCGACAGUGAACUGUAAAGAUUGGAGUCUAAGUGGUCGGGAUAAGAACAUAAAAUUAGACGACCCUUUCCAAUAUUAUGCCAUCCUCUCAGUCAGAGCUUCGGCUUUGGCGACCGAAGACUUUUCACCUCAUCCUUCUGUGGUCGAGACCGUCGUCAAUUCCUGCUGGAAUAUGAAACUACUUGGAUGCUACGAUCUUUGGAAUGACUUCCAAGACAUGGGUUCGACUCAAGUGUUUAUGUUUCAGAAUACUGCCACAGAUCCAAACGUAACAGUGGUGGCAUUUAGAGGCACCACUGACGUUUAUGAUAUGAAGGUAGAUUUGGACUUUUCCUGGUACGAGAUUGCAAAUGUGGGCAAAAUCCACAGAGGGUUCAUGGAAGCCCUUGGCCUGCAGAAGCAGCUAGGUUGGCCUAAGGAACUCGUAAAACCCGAGCACGAUUAUGCAUAUUACUUCCUCCGUCAACAACUCAGAGACAUUGCCAAAUCCAACGACAAGGCAAGGUUCAUCAUCACUGGCCAUAGCUUGGGCGCAGCCCUCGCCACCCUGUUCGUCACCAUCCUCGCCUUCCACGAGGAACUCGAUUUGUUAGAGAAGUUAAAGGCUGUUUACACCUUUGGCCAACCCAGAGUCGGCGAUGUCCAGUUUGUUCAGUUUAUGGAAAACGUUAAUUCAAAAGUACAUAAAUUCCCAUAUUACAGGUACGUUUACUCUAUGGACGUGGUUCCCAGAAUUCCUUUCGAUGUCGAAGGUGAUCAAUGGUACAAACACUUUGGCGGAUGUCUUUACUACGACUGCAACUACACUGGGGAGUUUCUGGAGGAGGAGCCAAACAAGAACUACUUGUCAAUACCUUGGCUAAUACCCAAAUACUUGUACGCUUGGUGGGAGUUGCUAAGAAGUCUACUGCUCCCAGUAAUCAUGUGUAAUCCGGAUUACUUUGAGACUUCUCAGAUUUUCUAUGCCAGGGUUUUUGGGCUGUUUAUUCCAGGAGCAUCAGCUCACAACGUUGUGAACUAUAUUUACUCGGCCCGUUGGGGAAAAAUAGUAUGCAGAGACACCCAGAAAAAAGUAAUUCCUGCAGACUAUCUUGAACGCUGCUGAUCGGUGCCCGAAUAUGAAGAAGAAGAUAGAAGAUAUCAUAUAUAAUGAAAAUACUUGGUCCCUCAACAGUAAG